CUUCUAUUGCUCCCAAAUUGGACAAAACUUGUCGGUUCCUUUUAAUGGAUGGUUACAUGUUUACGGUUUAGCAUCUUUUAAAUACUUAUCAAACCAUAAUUUCUUUACUAAUCGUCUCACCGGUAUGGGUAGACUCGUAAAUAACCACUUUCAUCUUCUUCCCCAAUUUUUCUUGCUUUCUCUAAACCCUAGUUUCAGACAAAGUAGUGACAUUUUUCUAACAAUUAAACCAAUAUCGCCGUAGUCAACCACCGCAUAACGUUUUGGCGCCGCCUGAGGCUGACCUGGGGCUGCUAAAGAUUUUAUCGCGACGACUCUCUUUCUCUCUCAAACUGUUUCAGCUGCUUGCGAAUUGGAAAUGGCUUGUAAUUCCUCAGGCUGUGAGUCAGGUUGCUAUGACCGUGAGAAAGAUAAUGGAAGUAAGAUAGUGGAUGAUGCAGUAUCUGGUGGCGGUAAUCAUGAGAGUGUCUGCGUCAAGUGUAAAUGCAAUGCGCCUAUGACAUUUGGUGACGGUGGCUUCGACGAUGGAAGAUUCUGCGCAGAUUGUUUUAGGAACAAUGUCUUUGGGAAAUUCCGUCUUGCUGUUACUUCUCAUGCUAUGAUCACUCCUUCAGAUAACGUCCUUGUUGCUUUCUCUGGCGGAUCAUCUUCCAGGGUUUCUCUUCAAUUUGUGCACGAGUUGCAAAUCAAGGCUUUGAAGAAUUACGAGGCGAGUCGAGAUAGAUCUUUACCUGUGUUUGGUGUUGGUGUUGCUUUUGUGGAUGAAACUGCAGCUUUUCCUGCUCUUUCCACUGAAAUGAUUGAUGCAAUUGAGUGGGUUCGAUAUACUGUCUCGUGUUUGUCUCCACCUGCUAAGGAUCUCCAUGUUGUUCCAGUCGAAAGCAUAUUUGGUUCAGACUCUCUUGACGCACGGGAUAGACUUCUGAAGCUAUUAGAUUCUGUUCCUGACGAUACUGGAAAAGAAGACCUUCUGCUGCAUCUGAAAAUGUUAUCUUUGCAAAAGGUUGCCGCUGAAAAUGGGUACAAUAGAUUAGUGUUGGGAUCAUGCACGUCGAGAAUUGCUUCCCAUGUUCUUACGGCUACUGUCAAGGGACGAGGUUAUUCACUAUCAGCAGAUAUUCAGCAUGUUGAUGCUAGAUGGAAGGUUCCCAUUGUACUUCCACUUCGAGAUUGUGUUCGACUGGAAAUAACUAGACUCUGCCUUUUGGAUGGACUUAAGACUGUGGAGUUGGCUUGUCGUUCUCAAUGCGGAAUCAAUGAUUUGGUGUCUUCAUUUGUCGCUCUGUUGCAGGAAGAAAAUCCUUCCCGGGAAUGCACAAUUGUACGGACAGCUGCGAAGCUGACUCCAUUUUACUUCAAUAAAAUUCCGGAAACAGACGACUCUAAUGUACCUAUGGCCACUCAGAGGCGCCUAAAGAGAUUCAAUCUCAAAUAUGAUGGAUCAAUGACUACUGAAGCUUUCUGUCCUAUCUGCAAUGGCCCGCUAAAUAGAUCAGACUCAUCAGAGUUGGAUACUUUUGAAGAAGGCCAGGAAUCUGAUGUCCUCUAUGCUGCUUGCUGUUCAAGUUGCCGGUUUCAAAUACUUCCACAGGAUGGAUCAUCUCUUGAGCAAUUCAGUUCAUUUCUACCAGAUCACAUGAUUUCCCAAGUGAAACAUCAAAAAGUUGAUAGUCAAGCUUAUCUGAGGGAGAAAAUUAAAGACUGUCUGCUCUUGGACGAUGAAGAGGUUGUCUAAAUCUGCAUUCGGAUGCUUGCACAAGGUAUGAGAGGAAGUUUAAAUCCUGUCAUGCUUAUCAAGGAUUAUUCCUAGAAACCUAAGAUCAUCUUAGUUUAAUGUCGAUCUGAUAUCAUCGUAGAUGUUAAAAGUGUUUUUACUCAUUCGUUACAAUGAUUGUCUCAAUGUGAAGCAAAAUCACUGAGCAAUUGAAUGAAGCAUCUACAGUUUUACACAUAUAAUACAAGAAUCAUGGGAAGUUUACAAUUUGUAACACAAGUAGUAAACUUGUUAGGGGUGAUGCGAGAAUCAAGUUUUGUAAUAUUUCUAUGCGCAGAAUCAGAGAUUCAGGAGCAUUAAUCUAGAGUGCAAGUGAUCAACAUCUUCCAAUAGCUGGAUAAGAAAUCUGUGUAAAUUCUAACCAAUGUCCCAUAGACAUUAUAACACGAA